ACACUCGGGAAAUAAUGUCCACCGAUGCACCGAUGGCAUUUGAAUCAAAGGACUAACGUUGUGGGGCACGCGGUCCACGGAGAUUCGUCCUACGCGUGCUUAAAACCGAGCGUGCAGAGUCGAUCACAAUGGUGAAGCUCGCCGCAUACAAGACCUCUAUCUAUUCACUUUCCGGGCUUGAACGCCGGCAUAGCGAUAUCGUUUCGCUCACCAUAACUUUUUAGAAACACAGACGAGUUAUAUUUAUGUACAUGGAAAUUCACGCCCUACAUUAGUAAUUACAUUCUGCUACACGUAUUCGACAGCAAACCCAGUCUUUGUGCACGCCACUUCCUAGUCUCACGUUGCCAUGGAAAGCGCAAGACGACCACGAGCUCAAAGGUCAUCCAGGAGCCGAUCAGUAUCCCGACAACGGCGACUCGACAACGCGCCAUUACACCGUAUCUUGUCCAGUCAAUUCCCAGACGAUCAUUCGGUUUAUCACCAUGAAGAUGGCGAGGGGACUCAUGUCAACGAUGACGCCAGUUCAUUGCACAAGACUGAGACUGAAAGGCGAGACGAGAACUCGUCCAGUGACGAUGGCGACGGCGACAGUGGCGAUGACAGAGGUGGGAAAGAAGUAAAAGACGAUACCGCUCAAGAGGAAGAUACGACUUACGAGGAGAUAAGGGGUGGUAUUCCAUACGAGCAUGAUGUGGUGGCACCAUCGCCUUUAGAAAAGCAAAAGUCUACGCGGUCCGUCAAAGACCCAAAUUUGGUCACAUGGGAUUCAGAGUUCGACCCACAUAAUCCAAAGAAUUGGUCCAUGAAGCGGAAAUGGGCAGCAACUAUUAUUGUCUCUUCUUUUACCCUUGUCUCGCCAAUAUCCUCGUCCAUGAUUUCGCCAGCUCUGAGCAGCAUCAGUGCCGAAUUCGGUAUCACAAAUGAAGUCGAAGCCCAGCUUACCUUAUCCAUCUUCGUUCUGGCGUAUGCAAUUGGACCGCUGUUCCUAGGCCCACUAUCGGAGAUUUAUGGACGAGUCAUCGUAUUGCAGCUGUCAAACUUGUUCUACUUGGCUUGGAAUCUGGGAUGUGGAUUUGCUCAAACAUCUGGGCAGCUCAUGGCAUUCCGGUUCUUCAGUGGUUUAGGCGGAUCUGCACCAUUAGCUAUUGGUGGUGGCGUUCUCAGCGAUUGUUUCCUUCCUGAGCAGCGUGGCCGAGCCAUAGCAAUCUAUUCAUUGGCUCCAUUAUUGGGCCCAGCUAUCGGGCCUAUUGCCGGUGGAUUCAUCUCUCAAAACACGACUUGGAGAUGGUGUUUCUACGCCACCACGAUCUUCACAGCAAUAGUGCAAUGUUUCGGCUUCUUCUUUCUGCAGGAAACAUACGCACCAAAGCUCCUUGAGUGGAAGCGAAACAAAUUACGUAAAGAGACAAGCAACGAGGAACUACACACUGAGUUCGACCAUCCUGAUCGCACACUUGCAACGACCAUUAAAAUCGCUAUGAGAAGGCCGUUCAAGCUACUCAUCACCCAGCCCAUUGUGCAAGUUUUAGCUUGCUACAUGGCUUACCUAUAUGGCCUCAUGUAUCUGAUGCUGUCGACAUUCCCUAGCCUAUGGGUCACACGUUACGGUAUGACUAUAGGGAUUGGUUCUUUGAACUUCAUCUCCAUGGGCAUUGGCUUCUUCCUCGGCACACAGAUCACCGCACCCCUUAAUGACGCCCUCUACCGCCGCCUUAAGAAACGCAACAACGGCAUCGGUAAACCAGAGUUUCGCAUUCCAAUCAUGAUUCCCGCGUCUCUUCUCGUUCCAAUCGGUCUGUUUUGGUAUGGUUGGAGUGCACAAGCGCAGGUACAUUGGAUCAUGCCUAAUAUCGGUGCUGCGAUAUUUUGCGCGGGUGUUAUUGUGGGGUUUCAGUGUAUACAGACUUAUCUUGUUGACAGUUAUACACGGUACGCUGCGAGUGCUAUCGCGGCGGCGACGGUGCUCAGGUCGUUGGCUGGGUUUGGAUUUCCGUUGUUUGCACCGGCUAUGUAUGACAAGCUGGAUUUUGGAUGGGGAAAUAGCGUGCUGGGCUUUAUUGCCUUGGCUUUGGGUGUCCCAGCGCCGUUUAUGCUAUGGAAGUUUGGGGAGAAGUUAAGGAGUAGUAGCAAGUUUGCCGCGGGCUGAAGGUGUCGCAGAAGCGUCAAUACCCGCCUCGUAAUGUGGAAAGCAACGCGCGGGGACUUCAUAUUGCGAAAUUAGAUUACACGAGAGGGCUAAUCAAGGUGGAUUACUUGAAAGCAUA